UCUGUAGAUAGCAGCCACAAUUAAAAAAGCUUAAAUAUAUAAUCCACUUCUUUCCUUUCUUUUCUUCCUUUGGCUUCUCCAAAACCCUAAAUUUACACUUCUCUUUCCACCUCCCUAGCUUUGCCUCUCUCUCCCUCUCGGCAGAUUCAGAUCAUUCCACAGGAAAGAGAAGAAACUUCUGCUAGCAAGAGAAAUGGGAAUGGAUGCUUUCGGAAGGCUGAUAUAGAAGCUCCUCUCUCUCUCUCUCUCUGGGUACUUCAGAUUCUCCUUUGCUUCUCUCAUCUCUUUUUCAAUCUUCCAACUUUGGAACUAUCACCAUCUCUUUGCAGGUUUAGGCCCUUUUCCUUCUGAUCUUUCACUUCACCUUUUUAAGCUCAAAUUAAAGCCAUGGAUUCUGGCAACAGUGGCAGCACCCAAUCUUCAAGCGGCGGUGACGACGAGUUUGAUUCAAGGCCGCCGCCGCCAACGGAGACCCUCUCGCCUUUCUUCAACCCUUCACUCAACUUUCCCUCCAUCUCCAACCACCCACCACCACGCCCCCAGCCGGCGCAGCCGCAGCAGCACCGGCUUCUCCCCCCAACUACCAUGUUCGAACCUUCCCCGCCAAAUCUUGGUCCCUUCCCAAAUGCAAAUUCCCCCUACAAUCUUGAUUUUAUUUGGUCUAGAUCAGAACCAAGAUCCGAAUCCAAUUACACCAACCUUGAGAACUUCACCGGCUUCUCAUCGUCAAGCCAAGCUCUCUUAGCCCCCGGUCAAGGCUCAUUAAUUCCAAGCUCAUCGUCCACGGCGCCGCCUCCGCAUGGAGAUGGAAAUGGCACAAAAGCGGCGCAGAGGUCCGACCAAACCCACGUGGCCAAGACCAAUAGGAAGCGGACCAGAGCCUCACGGCGGGCCCCUACCACCGUUCUCACCACCGACACGUCGAAUUUCCGGCAAAUGGUGCAGGAGUUCACCGGUAUUCCGGCGCCGCCCUUCGCGUCCUCGCCGUACGGCCACCGUUUUGAUCUGUUCGGCGGCGGGUCGGGCCUGAAAUCUGCAAGUCACCUGGAAACACUCGGAUCUCUUUUCCCUUUCAGGCCAUCGGCUCACAAGGUUCAAUCUCCGUCUCCUUCUUCAUUGUUGAACUCUUCCUUGGUUGAUCCAAGCAAUAUUGCUAACCCCAAUAUUAACAAUACUACUAUUGCCACGUCCAUGGCUGGACCGUCAAAUGCUUCAAAUACCUACCAACUUCAAGCAGCUUCAGAUCAUCUAGGUUUCCUUUCCAAGCAACCUCAAAAUCUGCUAAACUUGCAAAACCCAACUCUAUCAUUCCAGAAUCUGAAGUACCCACUAACAAAUCCUCCCAUUUUCAACUCCAAGCCUCAAGAAAACUCAUCAAUUAUCCCUUCCCUAGAUGUACUGGGAAUGAGCCAUGAACAUGUGGGCCCAAAUCUCGGUGGGUUUUCCAGCCAUGGAAGUUCGGAAAGAGCUCAACAUCAGCAACAGUUUGGGUAUGGCCAUAAUGGAGGUGGUGACACAGAAAAUUUUAAGCUCAACUGCUCAGCAUCUACUUCAGAAUUCCACCCUGAAAAGGGUUUGGAAAAUGCUUCCUCAAGGAGUGAAGGUACUGUGAAUCCAUGGAUUUGUCCUUCUAAUUAGGAUUUAUUGCAGUAAUAAAGAAUAUUUAUAGGAUUCAUAUAUAUGAUCGAGGAAGUUUAGGAAAUGGAAGAGAUCACAAGAUUACGGUGGUGCAUGAUGAUAUUGAUCAUAUCUGCUAGUUUUAGUUCUUGGUUAAUUAAUAACACCCGAAUCAUCACUUUUCAGUUUAAGAUUCGGGCAUCAUAUUAUGUAUAUAUCUAUAGCAUCUUUUCUUCUUUUUGUAAUCUUGAUUAAACACUCAUAUAUAGAAUCAUGAAAGAACUUUUGUUCUA